GAGAGAGAGGGGAAGGGAGGGAGAGGAAGAGAGAGGAAAGACCUCACAGACGCGCAACAGACUGUCAACGAAUACUAUCUAUCUCCCUCCUCCUCUAUCUCACCUCUUCUCUCUCUCACUCCUUUCAUUGUUUUCUCCCUUUCCGUUUCGUUCCUGCAAUGUUUCGUGGAGCGAUCCUUCUUCCUUCUCUCUCUUUUCCUAAUCAUUCUCUCCAUCUCCCUCGCUCCCUCUCUCUGUCCACCUGUUGUACUGGUGGAUCAUAAUCUCUAUCUCUGGCUGUGUGGAGGUAAAGAUCUCUCUCUCUCUCUCUCUCUCUCUCUCUCUCUCUCUCUCUCUCUCUCUCUCUCUCUCUCUCUCUCUCUCUCUGUCUGGCUUGUGGAGAUAAAGAUCUCCCUCUAUCAGACUCUCUGGCUGUGUGGAAGUAAAGAUCUCUCUCCUCCGGCUGUUUUAUCCGUCUCUCUGGCUGUGUAGAGGAAUAUCCGGUCCAGAACUUCCCCCCCUUUCCAGAGCAGCAGCACUAUGACGGUGCGGAAGGGGAAGAGCUUGGCCGUGUCCAUCCAGGAGCACAUGGCCAUCGACGUGUGUCCGGGGCCCAUCCGGCCCAUCCGGCAGAUCUCCGCCUACUUCCCGCGCCUCUCCCCCACCUCCUCCGUCUCCGAGCCCCUCUCCCCCACCCGCUCCGCCGUGGUCCCCGCGGCGACCAGCCCCGGCAGCCUCAGCCCCGUGGUCGGGGCCGCGGAGGAGAGAGUGGGCGGGGCGAAGGGCCUGCUGUUACCGGGGGGGACGUGGGGGGGCGGAGCCUCCCUGUCGGCCAUGAACAGCAUGGACACCUCGGUGGAGAUCGACAGCGGGGACAGCGAUGACAGCACCUCGUUGGGAACUCUGGAGUUUGACCUGCUGUAUGAGAGAGCAACCAGCUCCUUACACUGCACUAUGCUCAGAGCCAAGGGGUUGAAGCCCAUGGAUUUUAACGGUCUGGCUGAUCCCUACGUGAAACUCCACCUGCUCCCUGGAGCCUGCAAGGCCAACAAGCUGAAGACCAAGAUCGUCCGCAACACACUGAAUCCGGUGUGGAACGAAACUCUGACCUACUGUGGAAUCACAGAGGAAGACAUGUACCGCAAGACACUCAGGGUGUCGGUGUGUGACGAGGACCGCCUCACUCAUAAUGAGUUCAUCGGGGAGUCCCGCGUGGCACUGCGGCGUGUCAAGCCCGACCUCAACAAACAUUUCAAACUCUGCCUCGAACACCCUCCUCCACUUCCCUCUCCCACAGCGAUGAGUUCCGCCUUAAGAGGAAUCUCUUUAUAUCUGAGAGAGUGGGAGAAUGACCAGCAGAGAAGCCUGGAGGAGCGAGGCCGCCUGCUGCUCUGUCUGCAGUUCCUCCCGCCGGCCAGUGGGGGCGACGCAGAGCAGCAGCCCAAGGAGCGGGUGAAGGGGGGGCUGAGCGUGGGGGUCAAGCGGUGCGCCCAUCUGGCGGCGAUGGACGUAAACGGGUUCUCUGACCCCUACGUUAAGACGUACCUGAAACCAGACCUGCAGAAGAAAUCCAAACACAAAACAUCUGUCAUCAAGAAGACCCUGAACCCUGAAUUUAAUGAGGAGUUUUUCUAUGAGAUCUCCUUCAGUGAUUUAACCUCUAAGACCCUAGAGGUCACAGUGUGGGACUACGACCUCGGAAAGUCCAAUGACUUCAUAGGGGGCGUGUCCCUCGGGUGUCACUCACAGGGGGACAGCCUUCAGCAUUGGGUGGACUGUCUGAAGAACAAGGGCACCAAGGUGGAGCGCUGGCACACACUGACCAAUCAGCUACCGGGAUCCACACUGCAGGACUAGAUCAGCCAAUCCCUGCCUAGCGUUGGGCCUGUGACAUGAUGUCACUCACGUCAUCCGUGCUCCAUGUUUUGUUCGGGUUUUAAACAAACCCUGUAUCCAUGGUAACCGUCUCAGAAGGAUGGAUCAAACAGUUGUAAAGUCCGAAACUAAAUCAAAAAGUGAGCCACCAACAGGGGGUGGGGCUGUUUUGAGGUUCAAUCUCUCUUCAAAGAGCUGAAAACACACGGGCGGUUCGUGGGGAGAGUUAAUCUAUAAAGAAUGCAUUAUAAACGGUAAUCUGUUCUCAAAAGGAACGCAUGAGCAUGUGAACCAGUGUGUGCAUCCGUAGAGGAGCAAAAACGUCAACUAAUUAUCUGUCACGGAAACAUGUGUACGUUCGUCUGGGAGCGCGGCUGUGUCUUGGAAGAUAUGAUUGCUCCUCAUUAUCCCCGCGAGGGGAUUGGUGUCUUCGUUAAUUGGUUGAUUGGUUCCGCAGGCCUCACUCAACAUGCGCUCCAUCACGUUCGAUCGUCGGUUUCGUUCAGGCCUGCAGAUGCUGUGAUGUUUGUGGUUUGUGUGCAUGUUCUAAAGAAUGUCCAGAGAGCAAUAUAGACCAACAGAACUCUGAAUUGGUACGUCUCUAAUUUUAAAUAGCUGUAUUAUCCUCAACCUUUUGAGAUUGUGAAAGGUACUUGGUGGGAUUUUCAAUAAAUUGUAGAUUUUUUUUAUCUAAAUUGGGCAAAUCGAAUCGGCACUGUGCCUAUCCCUUUGGGUUCGACGUUUCUUUUACUUAUUUUAUUUUUCUGUUUGGUCAAACAGAACAUAGUUGUUCAUAUGCAAAUAAUUACUGUUGUGUAUACUUGUGUUUGUUUGUCUACUUAACCUCUGAUGUGCAUGAUACGUUUUCAAUGAAAAAUAUGUUCCUGAAAUA